CAUGCGCUAACUACAACCAGCUGUUUUGAUAUUGACAUUACAUUGAUUGAUUCAAUGCAAAAUUUGGAACAAUUGGUUUUUCAUUUUAAAUCAAAAAGUUGUGAAUCACUCUUUUACAGCAGAGGAAAAAAGUUGACGCCUUUGUUUGCACUUUUCUCUGUCGCUUACCGUGUGUUUCUCACUGAUUCCCAGUUUAACUCAUGCCUCAGAAUCCCUACGUACUGCGCAUGUCCGCUUCCCGGUGUCCGAUGUCACUCGUUCAGUGUGCAGCUGUUGUUGAGAUCAUUGAGCAUAGACGUGACGUUUCAGAGACUAAGACUAAGCACAUCAGCAGUACCUGAACCGAGCCCGAACACGCACUUUGUACCACGGACGUGAGAAACGGAUACGAUAGAAAGCAGAAGCCGCUAAGGUACCGAUGCUUACAAAGCUAAUGUAGGCUAACAGACUUAAGUAACAGCUGUUGGAUAACACUGGAUAACAGACUAACGGACAGGCCCAUGUGCAGCACGCUGUCUCGUUUUCAACCGCUCUGACCCGGGUCAGUUCCACCUGCUUGGACCCCGGUGUAUCCACUGAAGCUGAUCCGAGUGUAGAUUCGUAAAGAAAAAGGAGGAGGAAUUGGCAGCAGGAGCCGACAUGUUGAUAGUUGGAGCUGGAAGUGGAAAUCCUUCUACCAAUGGCAAGAAACAACGACGCAGAGGCAAGAAGCAUCGAAAAGGCAGAGUGGAGAAGGAACAAACUGAAGAUCUUGAAAGUCUUGGCCCAGACAACGAUCAGUGUCAGCAAGCUAGUAAACCUGCAAAUAUACGUCCACAGUCUGAAGAACGCUACAAACUUCCCACAGCAGCUCCUCAGACACCCACAGGCUUCUCACCCAUAUCUAUAAACUCCACCAACUGUCAUUUCCACACUGCUUUCCAAACUCCUCCAGACUCCCCACGCAUGGAUCACCCUGUCACACCUAUGCCGACUACUAAAACUGACGCUCAACCAGAAACCAAAACACCCACAGACAAAGCCAUCACCCCUUCUCCUCCAUCUUUUGCGCCAUCUUCUUGCCCUUUGCUGCUUUCAACUCUUCCACCUCUCAUCCUCACUAACGCACUUCCUGACCUGAGCCUAAUCCAAACCGAUAGAGAGCAUGACGAUACCCAGAAUUUCUCUAGAUCUCCUUACACAAUCCUUCAGAAUGUCAAGAAGCCAGACUUGCCUCCAGCCAGCGAGUUACAGUCCUCUUCAAUAUGCCCAACUCAGAUGGAUGUCACCGUUUCCCCUACCAGGGUGACCUUCACCUCAGGUGUUUCCUCCCACCUCUACCCGGCUGCCUGUUCUACCUCUUUCCUUCAACCUCUUGACUGUUUAGACCCUCCCACUGGUCUUUCUCCCAUAACUUCAUCCACAACGCACCAGCAUAAUCAUCAGCUGACCACAUCUCCACCCUCAGCUCUGACCCCACCCCAUCCAGAGUUUUACCCUCCUCCCACUCAGCUGCUGGGAUCAGAUGAUGAAGAGCAAGAAGAUCCAUCAGACUACUGUAAAGGUGGUUACUAUCCGGUGACAAUAGGUGACCUCUUCAAUGGACGAUACCAUGUGGUCAGAAAAUUGGGCUGGGGACAUUUUUCAACUGUCUGGCUGUGCUGGGACCUGCACAAGAAACGUUUUGUGGCGCUAAAGGUGGUUAAGAGUGCUGCUCAUUACACCGAGACGGCGCUGGAUGAGAUAAAACUGCUGAGAUGUGUCAGGGACAGUGACCCCUCUGAUCAUAAUAGAGAAACCAUUGUGCAGCUCAUCGACGAUUUUAAGAUUUCUGGAGUAAAUGGAGUUCAUGUCUGUAUGGUUCUGGAGGUUCUGGGUCAUCAGUUGCUGAAAUGGAUUAUCAAGUCAAACUACAUGGGACUCCCUCUGGUCUGUGUGAAGACCAUUCUGAGACAGGUUCUUCAGGGGCUCCACUACCUCCACACCAAAUGUAAGAUCAUCCAUACUGACAUCAAGCCAGAGAACAUCCUUCUGGAAGUGGAUGAAGUUUAUGUUCGCAGACUGGCUGCUGAGGCCACACUCUGGCAGAGAGCUGGAGCUCCACCCCCUUCAGGCUCCUCAGUCAGCACGGCUCCCAGAGAUCUACAGGCGGGUAAAAUGUCGAAGAACAAGAAAAAGAAAAUCAAAAGAAAAGCCAAACGUCAACAGAAACUGCUGGAGGAGAGAAUGGUGGAUAUACAGAGGAUGGACGAUGAGAACAGUCAUCAUAGUGAAGACACGCACAGUAACUGCUCCAUAGUUGUCAACGGAAACACUUCCUGCUCCACAGAUAACAGCAAAACCAGUCCGGAGUCAUCUUGCUCCUGGUUGGAGGACGGUUUUGAUAACCAUGCCUCUGGUCGGUUCUCUAGCCCUGCCUCUGGUAUGUCGAGUUUUUCCAGCUCUAUGAUGUCAGCAACGUCUGAGUCUGCAAUUUCUUUGCAGUCUGGAUAUUCAUGUGAACGUGAUGCUUUCAAUGCAACAGAUUUUGUCCUCAGUCCCCUGGAUCCACAGAAUGCUGACAAACUUAAAGUAAAGAUUGCGGAUCUAGGAAACGCCUGCUGGGUGCACAAACACUUCACUGAGGACAUUCAAACCCGACAGUACCGUGCUCUGGAGGUUCUCAUCGGAGCAGAGUAUGGUCCACCUGCGGACAUUUGGAGCACAGCCUGCAUGGCAUUUGAGUUGGCAACAGGAGACUACUUAUUUGAGCCUCAUUCAGGAGAAGAUUACACAAGAGAUGAAGAUCACAUUGCUCACAUCAUCGAGCUUCUGGGUCCAAUCCCUUUACCAUUUGCUCUGUCCGGCAGGUACUCCCGAGACCACCUCAGCAGGAGCGUAGGAACCAUUCUUUAACAGCCAGUGUCACCAGUGUGGGUCUCUCUAAAGUCAUAUUUUUGUUUAGCUAACUGGUACAAAAUAUCUCCUUGACUGCCCACUUUUCUUACAAUCAAGAACACACAAUAUACACACAAAUGUCCUACAGAAAAUGACCUAUCAGUCAUGCACCCUUAGGUAUAAGCAACAAUUAAUGAGCUAACAAACCUGCUAUCUUCACUCUUUACUCAAUAAACACACAAAGCCUAUGCAUUUGUGGAGGCUUCAACUUCAGGUCAGACCAGCCUCACUGAUUGGAGGGCAGUAUGUUAGUCUGCAGCUAACAGGCUGACUGCCUUGAUUAUCAAUUGGAUUGUUUGGGACUGAGGCCUAAAGAAGUUCUGAAGACCUGGAGCCUAAUGUGCGAAGUUGCAUACGCAGAAAAACGUGGCGUCAGUACGUUUCAAAAAUGAGAUGACUGUGGAAAUGUUAGAUUUCACGGCAGCUCGGUGGCUGUCGAACGCACGUUUCUACAACUAAUGUUCUUUGGCGAUCCCAGGAGGUCAUGCUGGGAACCUCCUAAUAAUGUGAAAAGUGAGAGUGAAUUACUUGUCAUUGUGACACAGUACAUCACUGCACACAACAAAAUGCAACCUCUGCAUUUUACCUAUCACCAAAGUAAACAUGGGGUAGCUGAAGUAGUGAUGUGCGGAUCGAUCCUGAAAUAUCGAUACUUCCGAUUCUGGAUCUUUAUGC